AUGGCAUCGUUUGGUCUUGAGCUUUCAUUACGUGUGAGGAAUAUUUCGCCAGCAGAAGCUGCCAGUGGUAUUCGUGCAGUCAUCUACAGAUUUCAGGAGUUAGAAAACAACUUCAUUGAGAUAGCUCAAACAGAAACCGUAUUUGAACAAACCAAUGUCACAUUUCAACAUCGCUGUCCCCUAACUUACCGAUUUGAUAGACAAGAACGGUUGAAGAUCUCUGUAUACUGCAUAAAAGAUGAUAGUGGCGUGUUCAGCCAUCGAAUUGGUGAGAUUUUUACGGAUGUUGCCUCUGUAAUAGCUAGAGCGGCUGGUCUUUCACUUCCUUUGUCGCUGUCUGCUGCUAUCGAUCUCUAUAUUACCGUCCCUGGCUUUUAUUCUCACUACGUGAAACUGAAGUUCUGUGGAAAUCACCUACAAAUUCACGAAAAUCUACCGUUAGCAGCUUAUAUGCUAUUUGUGCUAAGGAUUGACAACCGAACAAUUCUAUUGCACAAAAGUGAAGUUGUGAAAGGGAAGAACCCAAAAUGGAAGGAAUUCUCCGUUCCGUUAUAUGUUAUUCAAUUCUUUCAACAAGGAGCCCUCCAGAUUUUUUGCUAUAAUCAAAAUGUAAACGCAGCGGACUCCCUAAUCGGUUUUUGCAGCACUUCAAUGGCGCAGUUAGAAAGAGGUGUAGGCGCUUUGAAUUCUUAUAUGUUGAUGAACUUCGAAGGCAAACGUGUUCACGAAAAGAUGAGCGUUGAUCUCGAGUUGAUGGAAUUGGUUGAGGGCGAAACAUUUUUCAAAGCAAUUAAAGAGGGCACACAUCUUCACCUGACCACAGCGAUAGAUAUGACUGCCUCAAAUGGGAAUCCGAAUCAACCUGAUUCUCUUCAUUACAUUCAUCCACAUACACAAAGUCCAUAUGUGAAUGUAAUGCUUCGAUUAGCGCCUCUGUUCCUUGGUUACAUGGCUAAUACCAAGAUGGGUGCACUUGGUUUUGGAGCUCGUAUAGAGCCUCGAUUUGAGUUGUCGCAGUGUUUUCCGCUGAAUGGUGCGCACGGUGAUGCACAAGUAGAUGGAAUCAAAGGUCUUCUGGAAGCCUAUCGUUCAGGCAGAUUAGUAGUCCAACCGUUUGCACCUACCGACUUUUGUGAAGUGAUCUAUCACGUUUCAAAGUUUGCUAAGGCGGAGAGUAAACGUCGACUGGGCUUGUACUUCGUACUGCUGAUUCUAACAGAUGGAGGCCUUACGAAUUCACUGCGCACUGUUGACGCUAUUGUUGACUGUUCUCCCCAUCCGAUGAGCAUAAUUGCUGUGGGGAUCGGAAAGGACCGUGAUUUCGCUAGUGUAAAAGCUCUAGAAUCGCCAAUUUUGAAACAUUCAGAUGGACGGCCGCUGGCAAGACAGAACUUUCAAUUCGUUACCAUGGAAAGUUUGGAUAGUGACGAAGCAGUUUCGCUGAUCCCGCUACAAGUUGCACAGUGGAGAACUUCGCUUGUGAAAUAG